CUCGGGGCUUUUUUUUUUCCUUACUCUUCCCUCCACUGCAGACCUCUAAAAUUUUAACCACUCCCACCUCGGCGCUGGAGUGAUUUUAGAAUUUCUUCUGUUCUUCCCAAAUUUCCAUUCAACCCAUUUUUCUUUUCACUUUUUUGAAUCCCUAGGACCUUAAUACAGUCUUUAGUGAUCUUUUACCAUGUCUGACGAAGUCUACGAAGGUGCCGUUGGCAUCGAUCUUGGCACGACCUACUCUUGUGUUGCCAACUAUGAGGGCACCAAUGUCGAAAUCAUCGCCAACGAGCAGGGUAGCUAUACCACCCCGUCGUUCGUCUCCUUCACCGACAAGGAGCGUCUGAUUGGCGAGGCCGCGAAGAACCAGGCUGCCAUGAACCCGAGGAACACUGUCUUCGAUAUCAAGCGUCUUAUCGGUCGGAGAUACGAGGACCCCAUUGUCAAGAAGGAUGUUGAAUCUUGGCCUUUCAAGGUCAUCGACCAGGGUGGAAACCCCAUCGUGGAGGUUGACUACCUUGGCGAGACCAAGACUUUCUCUCCUCAGGAAAUCUCUUCCAUGGUGUUGAUGAAGAUGAAGGAGGUUGCGGAGACCAAGCUGGGCAAGAAGGUCGAAAAGGCCGUCAUCACUGUCCCGGCUUACUUCAAUGACAACCAGCGUCAGGCUACCAAGGACGCUGGUGCGAUUGCCGGCCUCAACGUUCUCCGUAUCAUCAACGAGCCCACUGCCGCCGCCAUUGCCUAUGGUCUUGGCUCUGGAAAGUCUGACAAGGAGCGUAAUGUCCUGAUCUAUGAUCUUGGUGGUGGUACUUUCGAUGUCUCUCUCCUCAACAUCCAGGGCGGCGUUUUCACCGUCAAGGCCACUGCUGGUGACACCCAUCUUGGUGGUCAGGACUUUGAUACCAACCUCCUUGACUUCUUCAAGAAGGAGUUCCAGCGCAAGACUGGAAAGGACCUCUCCGGUGAUCCCAGGGCUUUGCGCCGCCUGAGAACCGCCUGUGAGCGUGCCAAGCGCACUCUGUCCAACGCCACUCAGACCACUGUCGAGAUCGAUUCUCUGUUUGAUGGCGAGGAUUUCAACUCCUCUCUCACCCGUGCUCGUUUCGAGGAUCUCAACGCCAAGAGCUUCUCUGGUACUCUGGACCCUGUCCAGCAGGUCCUGAAGGACUCCGGUCUCGGUAAGAAGCAGGUUGAUGAGAUCGUGCUUGUCGGUGGUUCCACCCGUAUCCCUCGCAUCCAAAAGCUCCUGAGCGAUUUCUUCGAUGGAAAGAAGCUAGAAAAGAGCAUCAACCCCGAUGAGGCCGUUGCCUACGGUGCCGCUGUUCAGGCUGGUAUUCUUUCGGGCAAGGCUACUUCUGCUGAGACUCAGGAUCUGUUGCUGCUCGAUGUCGUUCCUCUUUCUCUUGGUGUUGCCAUGGAAGGCAACAUCUUUGCCCCCGUGGUUGCGCGUGGCCAGACUGUUCCCACCAUCAAGAAGCGCACUUUCACUACUGUUGUGGACAACCAGACCACCGUCCAGUUCCCUGUUUUCCAGGGUGAGCGUACCAACUGCGCUGACAACACCUCUCUUGGAGAGUUCACUCUGGCGCCUAUCCCUCCCAUGAGGGCUGGUGAGGCUGCUCUUGAGUGUGUUUUCGAGGUUGACGUGAACGGUAUCCUCAAGGUCACUGCGACGGAGAAGUCCUCUGGCCGCACUGCCAACAUCACCAUCUCGAAUGCAGUUGGCAAACUUUCCUCUGGCGAGAUCGAGCAGAUGAUUGAUGACGCUGCCAAGUUCAAGUCCAGCGAUGAGGCUUUCACUAAGAAGUUCGAAUCUCGUCAACAGCUCGAGUCUUACAUCUCUCGUGUUGAGGAGAUCGUUUCCGACCCCGGAAUGUCGAUGAAGCUGAAGCGGGGCAACAAGGAGAAGAUCGAGUCUGCCCUUAGCGAUGCCAUGGCGCAGCUCGAGAUUGAGGAGUCCUCCCCCGAGGAUCUCAAGAAGAAGGAGCUCGCUCUUAAGCGACUCAUCACGAAGGCCAUGGCUACUCGGUAAAGCUGUACAGUCAGUGCUUAGACCGUACCGCAACUGAAGCCGCCCAAAGGCCUUCGUUUAUUACAUGACGAUCUUACGGAAAGGGGCCAUUUUGUUUGUUACUGCUCCUUUUUCUUUUUCUGAAAUUGGGUCUUCGUCCACACAUUGGCUUUACAUCAGGAGCGCAUUUUUUAUGAUUGGG